GACGCUGCGGGCGUGUUGGUCCGUCGCCACGGAGUGUACGUUUGGGGUGCCGAUUGGGAGAAGGCGAAAACACAGACUGAGUGUUUGGAUUACUUGUUCGAGAUUUCUGUCAAGAUGAAGUUGGUUGGACUUCCCACCCUUCUUGGAGAGCAAGACGGGGCAUAGCACCUAGCAUGUAGAAUUUAAACGAAAUGUAUAAAUGAACCGUGUAUUGUAUGCCAGCUGUUGACAUACCAGCAGGAUGUGGGUCUAGGGCGUCCGCCAAUCUAGGGAUGCGUUGCCCCAAACUUCCCAAUAGAACUGUAGCCACCAUGAGCUCACGCACGCAGGAUCGAUCCAGUCGGUUGAUCCCCUGUAUUCCAGUACAUCACAAAUAUCAGCUCCGAUAUGAAACAUGAGAACAUACCCAUACUCGGUGAAUGUAACGAAAUCAGACCUAAAGAUCGAUUGUCAGCUACGCAAUCCAUGGCGAGCCACCCACCGAGGAUCGCCUGGGUGACAAAUAGUUACCUAGCGGUCCACACUGACCAGCCAGCAUCAUCCCUGGGUGUGAGGCAAGCCCCUCAUUUGGGUAAGGCAAAAUACAUGAUGAAGCGCUUA